CCAAGACUGCCCUAGGGAGCCCCUCCGUAGAAAUUUUGGCUCAAGUCGAGUAGGCCCCAGGCCCAAGCAGCUUUGCCUCUGGCCCAGGAAGAGCAACAACCAAGAGACAAAUUACCUGAGCUAUUUGCAUCAUCGCGUUGAUUCAAUGGCCUCAGAGAACAAUCAUGAUGGUGAGGCCUUGUUAGACAAAGUCGUUAUUGAUGAUGAAGGGAAGCCGAACGUUGGUGCCAGCCCGCAGCGGCGUAAUGACAUCGACGGUUUGCGUGCUUUGGCUGUGUUUGCGGUCAUCGUUUUUCAUGCAAAUCCUGCAUGGCUUCCUGGGGGGUUUGCUGGAGUCGAUAUGUUUUUUACCAUCUCUGGCUACGUGAACACAGUUUCUUUACUUCAUGGCUGUGAAGAUACAUGCGUGGACACAUGAAAUUUCUAUGGCCGGCGCAUGUGGCGUUUGGCACCUGCCCUCAUGGCGACCGUGCUGAUCACCACCAUCCUCAAUUCUGUGCUCAUGCUACCUUCCUCUCCAGGCAUGGAUGGUUACUACAUAUCAGGUCUCCUUGGGCUUGUGGGCUUGUCCAAUAAUUACUUUGCCAGUCUGCAGCUAGAUUAUUUUGAAAACGGGCACAGCCAUCAGGAGCUCAAUCCCUUCAUGCACUUGUGGUCAUUGGGUGUUGAAGAGCAGUUCUAUGUACUCUUCCCUUUCCUGCUGAGCUGGGCGCGAAAGCUUCAGUCGCCCGCUUGGGUUAUCGCAGUGUGCGCUGUCAUUUCCAUGCUUGUGUCCUGCAUCCUCACCUGCUCGACUUAUUCCAACGCCCAAGUCGCGUUCUAUAUAUUACCGUCCCGGUUUUGGGAGUUGGCGCUUGGCGCGUGUUUCAUAUGAUGCCGAACUAUGCACCCGGUACGGACACCAUUGCGAACGGCGUCAGGUAUAUAAUAUUGCAGGUUGCAUCGUUGUUGUUGCUCAUUGUUGGGCUGUUGUUCACGCCAAGUGGUUGGGGGUUUCCCUUCCCUUGGGCGUCGCUGAGUGUUGGCGGGACGCUCUGCUUUAUAGCUGCAGGUAGUUAACCGAAUGCGAUUCUAAAUGCGUGCUUUGGCAGCAAGUUCUUGGUGUACAUCGGUAAUCUGUCAUAUGCCCUCUAUCUGUGGCAUUGGCCAGUACUAGUGUUUAUGCGGGGGACCGAAUGUCUCAAGUCUCCCACGUCCAUGGUGAUUGUUUUUGCCAUAACCUUAGCACUCGCAAUGGCCACGUACCACUUGAUGGAGGCUCCCCUUCACAAGCGUCGCCCGAAACAAACCUCCAAUAUCUUUGGGAUCUUAUUACCCUUGCUCGCUAUCACGGCCCUGAUCUCUUGGUCUCUGGGCUUCUACUAUAUCGGCGCCGUCUACGUGGAUGCCACAUGUUCCGACGGUGCGACCACUUCCAGCACCGCAGCCACGGCCAAUUCCUCUUCCCAUGAAGUAUGCUCUGGCGGGGGCGGGUGGCACGGGAACCCAUUGACGUGGCACCCUGACAAGUCGUCUUCUUGCCCCAUGAACUUCUCAUGGAGCAGUUAUGCGAGACACUGCGGCGAGGACGCCAGCGACGUGACGCACUCCAGAUUCUUAUUUCUGGGGGAUUCGACGAUGAACCUAUUGUAUAGCAGGCUGCACCCUAUUUUCGAUAGUGCUUGGCAUGACACGGCCGUCUCUAAGAAUGACUGCGACAGGAUGGAAUUCCUAGGUUUGGAUCCAGCGCCAGAGUGGGUGCCUCCGCCGCAAGGUUUCGCCCCGCUCUUCAAAGGUCUUACCCACCCUUAUUGCCAAGACACUCCGUCAUUGAGGUGUUAUCGUGGUCAGGUUUCUGUUGCUUCGGGCAAUGUCAGCAAGCAGUGCGUGCUGGAUUUUGAGUACGUUCCCGUGGAAUACGCGAUAGAUGUUUCAUUGCAGACUAACGAGACAAAUACCACUCAGGGCACCAUUGCCGCUUAUGUUAAGAAGCGGUACGGCAGCGUGGACGCCAUCAUUACGAACCAGGGUUUACAUGAUUUCUACAUGGAAGCCAUGUCAGCUGACGACUAUGUAGAGUCUGUGCGCGAACAGUUGCUCGCUUUUCAAGGCUCGGUGACCGUGAUUAUCUGGAUCUUGAUAAAUCACAUUUUCGAGGAUCCCGUUCAGACGCCGUUCAUUACCAAUGCGCGGUGCGCGCAGUGGAACGAGGCGGUGACCGACAUGAUAUCCAGUGAAUUCCCCAACGUGUAUAUUUUGGAUGCCUAUAAAAUGUCCAAACUUCAGAGCAUGCACAAGGACCGUUUUCAUAUGACACUGGACUAUUACGACGUUCUAGCCGACAUAGUCCUCAGUUUUGCGAUACCGAAUGCGGACCAGUGAUCGAGGGGGUGGUGGGGG